AUGGCGCCGAUGUAUGCGAAUGCAUACAUGCAUAUUUUUGAGAGAGAACACAUCUUACAUCCAUACAGAGAACGAAUCAUACAAUAUGUGCGCUUUAUCGAUGAUAUUUUGAUUCUGUGGAAAGGCUCAAUAGCCGAGGCUGAGCAAUUCGUGAAGAAUGUCAACUGCCUCCCCAGUCCUGUUAAAAUCACGGCAAACAUCAGUGAUACAAUGGUACAGUAUCUGGAUUUGGAGAUUCUCAUUAAAGAUAACAAAAUAGAGUAUCAGCUUUAUUCAAAGCCUACUGAUAGAAACACCAUACUGCACUUUGAAAGUGCACAUCCUGAACACAGUAAGAAAUCCUUACCAUACACUCAAUUUUUAAGAGUAUUUCGGAAUAAUUAA